UGGGCUCCUCAAAGGCUCUGCCUGAAACCAAGAGAGCAACAGGCCGCCACCGCAACACUGUGCUUGGAGAAACAGCGACUGACUCGGGAGCAGCAACAUGUCGAUGGGCCUGGAGAUCGGGGGCAUCUCCCUCUCUUUCUUGGGCUGGGUGGGCUGCAUCUUGUGCUGCGGGCUGCCCAUGUGGAGAGUCACCGCCUUCCUCGGCUACAACAUCGUCACCUCUCAGUUCACCUGGGAGGGCCUGUGGAUGAACUGCGUGGUCCAGAGCACCGGCCAGAUGCAAUGCAAGGUCUACGACUCCAUGCUGGCUUUGGGGGCGGACAUCCAAGCCGCCCGAGCCCUGAUAGUCAUCGCCAUUGUCCUUGGGGCAUUCGGGGUGCUCCUCUUUCUUACCGGGGCUCAGUGCACCCGCUGCAUCGAGGAAGAGUCCGUAAAGGCCAAAGUCACCAUUGUCUCCGGAGUGAUCUUCCUGCUGGCCGGCAUCGUGACCCUCAUCCCGGUCUGCUGGUCGGCCAACAGAAUCAUCCGUGAAUUCUACAACGUCUUGGUUCCCGAACCCCAGAAGCGAGAGCUGGGAGCGGCUCUCUACAUCGGCUGGGCAGCUUCCGCCUUGUAUCUCUUUGGGGGCGCCUUGCUCUGCUGCUCCUGCCCCCCCAAGGAGGACAAGUACAGACCCACGAAUGUGGCCUACACUGCAGCACCCAGGUCAGUAGCGACCAGCUACGACAAGAAGAACUAUGUGUGAAGUGGGAGGGCAGCCCUGUUCGAGGGUGAAGUUUGAGGUGCCCACCGGGACUCUCCUGACCUUCACCUUUGCUUCCUCCAGGAAAGAGCAGCUGCUGAGAGGGAGAAUAGAUGUCCAGAGACAUUGCUCAGCUUGCCCUUUAGGGACCGGACUUGCGCCUGAGGACAUGAAAGACGUCCUCGGGAGAGGAAUGGACUUGGCUACCUCCAUUGACCUCUCCUUUUGUGUGUGGAUGUUUUUUGCCUUUGAGCUGAACACUCCUUGCUUCCCUUGUUGGACUUCAACCCAACACUUGGCAGACUGAACCCCCAAACCCCAUGGCUCAAACUUUGCCUCUCAUCCCCUUCGAGCCCAGCAUGGGGCCAGGGCAUAACCGCCAACGGUUUGUAUAGGCCUGGGAGAUUCCUAGCAGAUGGCCUGCCUCAUGCCAUUCCACCCUUGUGUUAGGCGUCCAUUUUCUCUCCCAUGGAUUGUUUUGUGUGGGUUUGGGUUUUUUUGUUUUCCAUGGAGGGGUAACCUGAGAAACCAAUCAAGGGGUGGGGGAGGGCUGUGAUAAUUUUCUGGCGCAGAA